ACCAACUUGGGUUAGCAAAGCCCACAAAAAGAGUACACGGUGAUCCAGGCCCAGAGGCCGGCCACUCAGUCUCCUCUCCCCUCUCAAGCCGCCGCCGGCGAGAAGAAACAGAAGGAACCCUAACUGAGCCAGAGCGAUCGCAAGCGGAGACGAUGGCCGGGAAGGCGGCCGCGGCGUCGGCGGCCGCGACGGCGGCGAGGUGGGCGGAGGGGUACCCGUGGAGGGAGAAGCUGGCCAAGUAUAAGGGGGAGCUCGGGAAGGGGGUGUGGGGGUACUGGGAGCUCGGCGCGUGGAAGCCGCUCGGCAUCAGCGCCCGCAAGCGCGCCCGCCUCCGCAAGGAGGUCCUCCUCGCCGGCGAGGACUGGACCUACGACCCGCCCCGCGGCGAGAUGCGCACCAAGCGCAAGGGCCACAAGUGCGACCGCAUCUCCGCCGAGAAGCGCGCGAAUACCGUGGAGCUGAUGAAGAAGAUGCCCCAAAUGCUGCUCGACUACAAGAAACGUAGGUGGGAGAAAAAGAUGAAAGAGGAGGACAGCGGAAAGAGCUGAUAUCAAGCUGCUCCUUCAUGGUGCUGCUCUUCCUAAAUAAGGUUGAAACGUUCAGGAGGUUUGUAGGAUGGCUAGAUUCGGAUGCAUCAGUUUCUUUUUCCAUGGUGGAUUCCUGCGCUCCUGUAUUCUGAUGCAACUUUGGAUGCACAAUCCUGAUUGUAAUCUUUCCAACACUUGUGCCACUUCUGAUGAACUAGUAUUUUGUUGAGGCAAAUCAGUUAUAAGUAUUACCUUUGUCAAAUAAUUUUGGUCAUCAUGUAAGACCAUUGCCGCUAGUCCUGUUUUAUUUACUUACCAAGUUACAGUUACCGAGUACCGAUAGAAGAAUUUUUGUUCAUAAUGUAA